ACCAAUUCUCGAUCCAAGGCUAAGAAGGAAUCCGAAUUGCAGCAGGUCCGCUUAGACAACAAUUACGGCCCGACCCGAUGGAGACUGGACGGGGCCUCCGCUCCCCGAAAAUCACCUCCGCUUUGCCUUCCCGCCAAAACGUCCUACUUUUCUGCCGCCUCCACGCGUCCUCGCCGCGCUACCGUCUCUCUGUCCUUCCUCUGGCGCGGUUUUAGGGUGGGGCGUCGGAGCAGCGGCAAUGGAGAUGGACGUCCCCGGGGCCGAGGAGCUCGAGUGGCUCGAAAGCAACGCUCUCCUCCUCCCCGAAGAAGGAGAGUACGACGAAGAGGAAUACCCCCCGGAGGAAGGCCUCCGAGCAGAUCGAGGGGACCGUCGUCCGGAUCUAUCUCCCCCAAACGUCUCAGGUGCUCCUCGCGAUCGUCCAAUUCCAUGCUCGUUACCUGAUAUCUCCCGGCCCUUAAUAACUCACCAACCUCGAAUAGAUCCGGAGAACCAUGCCGGCAGAAAACGGCUCCGGCCCGACGCUGACAGCGGGGCGGGAUGCUCUACGGCACUUCCGCGCGAAGAGGAAGGGGGGAAUAAAAGGAGAGCCAUGGAAGAGGAGUCGGACGAGGACUGGCUUCGACAUCCUCUGCCAAAGGAUGCAGCUGCUGGUGCGGCACCGGAGGCGGACGUCCACGUGCUUGAUGCAGCAGAGGAGAAGACCAUCUCGCGGUUCGCUUGGGAGAUCGAGGGAGAGUGUUUGCCGGUGACUGGACCAGGCGGAGAGAGGGUCUAUGCUAAGAUGACCUCAAGCGCUAUAGGCGUGGUCGGGAGCAAGUCAGCCGCAGCAAAAUCUACCAGCGGUCUUCUUUCGGAACCUAUUAGUGUAUUAAACAAAAGAUUGGAGGAAGAUGCUUUAGCAAAGGCUUUGCAAGAAAGUUUUGGAUCACAAGAUAACCAAACUUGCCCAGCUGUUCCAGCAGUUAAUGAACAACUUUGGGUGGAGAAAUAUGCACCGAGCUCUUUCACAGAGCUUCUAAGUGAUGAGCAAACAAAUCGGGAGGUGCUGCUGUGGUUAAAGCAAUGGGAUUCCUGUGUCUUUGGAUCUCAAAUCAGGACUACGACUGAUGAUGUAUUAUCUGCUUUACGACGACAUUCUUCUGCUAUUCACCAACAGAAGUUUGCAAACAAUAAGUUCUUUGCCAAGAAUAAUGGAGCUUCUGUCAAGAGUCAAAAUCUCAACUCUUCAAAAGUUGGUGGCAGAGAAACUAGCUUCUCGAAAGGGAUAAAUAAUUUAUGGGCCAAAAAGUCCAUGGUCAGUAAUUCACCUGAACAAAAGGUACUUCUACUUUGUGGUCCUCCAGGACUCGGAAAGACAACACUUGCGCAUGUGGCUGCUAAACAUUGUGGUUAUCGUGUUGUAGAGAUAAAUGCAAGUGAUGAUCGUUCAGCUUCAUCGAUAGAAUCAAAAAUUCUUGAUGUUGUUCAGAUGAACUCUGUUAUGCCAGACUCCAAGCCGAAGUGUUUGGUAAUUGAUGAAAUUGAUGGAGCACUUGGUGAUGGAAAGGGCACAGUGGAUGUGAUUUUAAAAAUGGUGGCUGCUGAAAAGAACUGCAAUUCUGAUAAGGGAAAUGUCACUCAGGGAGCUCAAAACCUGAAGGCUCCCUCAAAGAGAGGACAUAAACCGACAAAAUUGUCUAGGCCUGUGAUUUGUAUAUGCAACGACCUCUAUGCACCAGCUUUGAGGCAGCUACGCCAAGUAGCAAAGGUUUAUAUGUUUGCACAGCCAACAGUUACUCGUAUUGUAAACAGGCUGAAGUAUAUUUGCAACAGAGAAGGAUUUAAAACAAGCACAAUUGCUCUCUCUGCACUCGCUGAAUAUACCGAAUGUGACAUUCGAUCAUGCUUAAACACACUCCAGUUUCUUCAUAAGAAGAAAGAGGUGCUCAACAUUUUAGAGGUUGAUUCUCAAGUAAUUGGUCAGAAGGACAUGUCGAGAAGUAUUCUCGAUGUAUGGAAGGAGGUUUUCCAUAAGAAAAAUAUGAAGCGUGGAGGAAAGGCUUUGAAAGGUCGCAUUGGACAAAAGGAUAUGAACAUUUUGCACUCCCUCAUAUCUAACCGUGGGGAAUAUGAGUUGACCUUGGAUGGUAUUCAUGAGAAUUUUCUGCGUCUUUCCUAUCACGAUCCACUGAUGCGAAAGACUGUCAAAUGUCUUGAUAUUCUUGGAACUUCUGAAUCACUGCUUCAGUAUGUUUUCCGAACUCAACAAAUGUCACUCCAAGCCUAUCAACCUCCACUUGUGAUCACUAUGAGCCACCUCAUAUCGCAAGUUGGGAAGCCAAAUAUUGAAUGGCCCAAGAAUUUACAGAGAUGCCGAGCGAUGCUUGUAGAAAAGAAAGAUUUACUGAAGGCUUGGCAAAACAACCUCUCACCAUCUAUUUCAAGGCACCAAUCAAUACAAUCUUUUGUAGAAGAUAUUGUUUCUCCGCUCUUACAUAUUCUGUCAUCACCAAAUUUGAGGCCGGUGGCAUUGCAUUUACUGUCAGAGAGAGAAAAGGAUGAUCUAGCGCAGCUGGUCGAUACAAUGGUUGCCUAUUCAAUAACAUACAAAAACUCAAAGCCUGAGCCUCUAGAAAAGAUACUGAGGCAUGGAACCUCAGCUGAUGCUUCUCCACUUUUCCUCGACCCUCCUAUUGAUGACUUUGUGAAAUUUAAGCAGGGCUAUCAAUCUGAACAUUCUGAGCUUUCUUUAGCCAUGAAGCAAGUUUUGCUGCAUGAAGUUGAGAAGCACAGAAUUCUCCAAGAUAGUGUCAGCAAAUCCUUAAAUCUGGCUACUGAAGGAAGUAACAAGAACGAGGCUUCGACAAAAACAUAUGCUACAGAAGUUAAUGUCAUGAACAACCCUAUGCAAACACCUGUUGACAAAUCUUGUAAACAGAAAUCACCAUUCAGCCAGAGACAAAAGACAGACUGCACUGCUCGAAUCUCAUCUUCUGGCAUGAAUUUUAAAGCUCCAGUAACUUCAAACAAGCCGUCUAAACACUCAUCAAAUUUCUUUGAUAGGUUUAGAAAAGAGAGUGGCAUGGACUCCAAAAAUCAGAUAGCAAAUUUCCAGAAGACAGCAACUAUUGAAAGAGAUUCACGUCCUUUACUCUUCAAAUACAAUGAGGGUUUCACAAAUGCAGUGAAGAGACCUGUAAAAAUUCGUGACCUGCUGCUCUAAGAUUCUAUUAGUGCAUUUUUUCUGUAAAUUAUAAUCUUUAAUCUUAUUUAUUUGAAGCAUUCUCUUCUUAAUCUUUUCCGCCUGUUUCUACUUUUCUUUUUCAAUAUUGUUGUUUCAAGUUUACAACAGA